AAUCAUAAUCAAAUAUGGCUAGGCAAACCUCUCCUCUGCAAUUCCUCCUUCUCCUUUUCACCUUUCUAGCUCAGACAGAUAACUUCAUAGCAGCUGAACAUAUCUAUACUCCCUUCAACCGGAGUUCUUUUCCAAAAGAUUUCAUCUUCGGAACUGCAUCCGCUGCUUACCAGUAUGAAGGUGCUGUACAUAUAGAUGGGAGGGGCCCUAGUAUAUGGGAUACCUUCACUCACAAGUACCCAGAAAGAAUAACGGACAGGAGCAAUGGAGAUGUUGCAGAUGAUUUUUACCACCAUUACAAGGAAGACGUGAAGAAAAUGAAUACAGAUGCUUUUAGAUUCUCCAUUUCGUGGUCUAGAAUACUACCCCGUGGAAAGUUAAGGGGAGUGAACAAGCAAGGAAUAAAUUUUUACAAUAAUCUCAUUGACGAGCUACUUUCAAACGGUUUGCAACCCUUUGUGACUAUCUUUCAUUGGGAUCUUCCUCAGGCCUUGGAAGAUGAGUAUGGUGGCUUUUUAAGCCCUCGCAUUGUGGACGAUUUUCGAGACUUCGCUGAAGUUUGCUUCACAGAAUUUGGUGAUCGCGUGAAGCAUUGGAUCACUCUAAAUGAGCCAUGGACCUUUAGUAGUUAUGGUUAUGACUCAGGCUUGAUAGCACCAGGCCGUUGUUCCCAAUGGGUAAAUGCAGCAUGUCAGGCGGGAAACUCCGCCACUGAACCUUACAUUGUCGGCCACCAUCUGCUACUUUCUCAUGCCGCAGCCAUCGAACUAUACAAGCAAAAAUACCAAGUUAUUAAUUUCCAGCUCUUCAAUUCUCGUUGUUUCCUGUAUAUAUGUCUUUGCCAAUUAAAUGUUUCUCUCCGCUUAACACAAAUUUUGAUUGUUGCAUGUUCUUAUUUAGGCUAUUCAAAAGGGCAACAUUGGUGUAACAUUGCUGUCUCACUGGAUGGUACCUUACUCCAAAAAGAAACCUGAUGUUGAGGCAGCUUACAGAGCCAUUGAUUUCAUGUUUGGAUGCAUGAGAAGUAUUGUGUGACAGAAACUCCCAAAGUUCACCAAGGAGCAAUCAGAUAUGGUGAAAGGAUCUUUUGAUUUUAUCGGUAUAAAUUAUUACGCUGCAUAUUAUGCAGCUAACAUUCCUGUUGCCAAUACAGUCAACAUUAGCUACACAACAGAUUCUCUUGCUAAUUUGACCGUUAAGCACACCUAAAAUAAAUUUAAAAAACCGAUUAAAUUUACUACUGAUUAAAACAUCUGUUCAUGACAUUAAUCUUCGUUCUC